GGAGCAUCCAGAAGGAGUGACAGGAGAAGAAUAUGCUCAGGCUUUACAAAUGUAUUCACACAUCACAGCCGCUCUUCCACACUUACGUCCCUCUUCUCAACCUCAAAAUGGAGGACAACCAUAUUCCACCCUUCUUCAUCUAUCUGCCGAGGCUAUGCUUUUACUCUCCGCUCGGACAAGUCAUUCAAAUAUGAAACGUCCUAGUCCCGUCGAUAAUCCCGAUCAGAUGACUGGAUCAUCCAGUCCUAUCGUCAACGAUGCAAGGUCUACAAGUAACGCUGGAAAUGUACCGAUGAAGAAUCAGCCGAAAUGUUUAGGGUGUGGAGCUACUGAAACGCCUGAAUGGAGGAGAGGUCCUAUGGGUCCGAGAACUCUGUGUAAUGCUUGUGGUUUGGUACAUAUGAAGUUACAACGUAAGAAGAGAAAGUUGGAAGAGAAGGCAGCAGGUGGGAACUGAUGUGUCUGUCAAGUAUUAGCCAUUUCUUCUAUUUUGGGAGUAUGCGGAAUGUACAUCUCUGUGUAGUCGGGCUUUUGUCAGGAUACUUGUAUAUUGUUGUGCCAUAUUGUGUGU